CACUUCCGGUUCCUCUCCCCUCACGCCGCUCCCUCACGAAAUGGCGGCGGCCGAGUCGUUCCUCGCCUUCAACCCCGCGGCUCGGUCCGGCCUCUCCGCCGGCUCCCGGCGCCGCUCCCGCGGGCCCCGCAACCGCAAGAAGGGCUGGAAGCGCUGGAGCGGCCCCGAGGCGCAGCUGGGCCGGGAAAUCGGCGAUUUCUUGGAGGAUGUGGGGCUGCAGGAGCGAGCGGCGGGGGGUUUGAUCUCUGAGCAGCCCAACGAGGGCCUUUUCUUCCUGGACACGGGAAAAACCCGCAAAGGCCGGCGACCCAAGAAACCCCCACAGAAACCCCUGCACGUAGACCUGGUUCUUCAGCCCCUCUCCAAAGUGCCUCCCCCAAAAAACAUCUGCGCCCACCAGACCCCGAACGGGCGGAAGGAGAAGCGGCGCCGGGAGUUUUGGGAGAAAAAAGCGGAAAAAGGGAUUUUCCCUCGGGGGGAGCGGCGGCUCCGGGCCCGGCUCAGCCGGGGGGUGACCCCCACCCAUGAAAAACCCCCCGAAUUGGGGCGCUCAGACCCCCAGAGGGGCUUCUACGACAUCUGGGGCGAGCAGAACCCUCUGGACGCCCCCCUGGCUGGGCAGGACCCCUGGUACCUCCAACAGACCAAGAAGCUGCGAGUUCAGCGUCCCCCCCGGCUCCAGGUGCGGCCGUCGCCCCUUCCCCCCGUGGAGGUCAUCGGCCAGGGGGGCUCCUACAACCCCCCCUUCCAGGCCCACCAGGAUUUGCUGCUGCGGGCGCUGGAGGUGGAGACGAGGAGGAGGAGGGAGGAGGAGAAGGUGGAGCGGAGGCUGAAGGUCACCGAGGAGCCGCCCUCGGAGGAGGCCGUGCUGCAGGAGCAGCUGCAGGGGCUCCUGGAGGAGGAGGAGGAGGAAGAGGAGGAAGAGGAAGAGCAGCAGGAAAAUCGGGAUCAGCCCCGGAAACGGCAACAGCCGAGCAGGAAAACGGAGAAACAGCGACGGAAAGAGAAGGAGCAGAGGGAGAAGGCCGGGCUGCGGGCACGGGAGCGCGUGGCAGUGCUGAGGCUGCAGGGGCUGUUCCGGCUGCGGGCGCUGCGCCGGGCGCUGCAGCAGCGGGAGCAGGAGCUGCGGCGCCGGCGGCUGCUCCGGGCGCGGCUGCGGGAAAUGAAGGAGAGAGCCCCAAAACGGCUCGGGAGGAUCCGGUACGAGGAUCCCGGCCCCGAGGUGCAGCUGAGCGAGGAACUGCCCGAAUCCCUCCGGAGCCUCCGGCCCGAAGGGAACGUGCUCCGGGAUCGCUUCAAGAGCCUCCAGAGGAGGAACAUGAUCGAGCCAAGGGAGAGAGCAAAAUUCCGCCGGCGGUACCGGGUGAAAUACGUGGAGAAGCGAUCCUUCCGCCAAGUGACGUGA